AAUCCCCCAAUUACCUCAUGUGUUAGCCCGAGACUCGACAGUCGAUCUAUUGCUUGUGACUGUUUUGUUUUAAUUUGAAGCCAAGAUGAAGGUUGUGCUGCCUUUUCUCUGUCUACUGGCCUUAGCGUCAUGUGAGCCUUAUAAAGCACAUAAGCGGACUAGGAGAGAUGAUUCUAGCGUAUACAGGAGGGCAAGUAUAGCGCCUCAAAGCUACGGUGCUCCAUUCGCGUUUGCCCCAUUAAAUCCAAUGGUCUCUGCGUACCCCCUGAUGGGGCACCGUGUUCAGCCGUACGGAUGGUUCCCAGGAAGUGGAGGGAGUAACACAGGCGGCGCAUUCCAGCUGCCUUCAUGGAUGCCGUGUAACUGCCCCCCAGACGAGGACGACAGCAAGGGGGGGGCCGCCGGAGCAGAGGAAAAAGAGGAAGGAGAGGGUGGUGGAGACACGCCUACUACCGCCCCCACCACCGCAGCGACCACUCCAACAACACCAACAACCGCCCCUACGACACCAACAACUCCAACGACUGCCGCAACAACUCCUACGACUGCAGCAACCACACCUGCCGCUGGAGCAGCCGCCGCACCCCCACCCGCUGCCGCUGCCGCCGCACCACCCCCACCUGGUGGGUCAUCAUCUCCCCCACCCGCACAGAGUGACCUGCCAGUACCUCCGGCUGCUGUUGUCGCACCUUUGCCCCCGGCCCUUGCCGUGCCAGCGGCCCCAGCACCCGCCGCGGGAAGACGUUGAGCGGUGGCGGUAGAGCUCCAAGACGGAUAGAAUAGGAAGUAAACCCCCGUUAACCCUAAAAUGAGAUGAAAAACAGUUAGCGAAUAUUCGAUUGGAAUAUGACUGAAACUCUUUACUUUUGAUUGAAUUGACUUGGAGUUAGAGUUAAUAGAGUUAGAGUUCUCGGUGUUUCACAGCAGAUUUGAGAGAAACCUAUGGAUUUUGCCGAACAUACCUUCCCUAGAAAAGAAAGCCACAGUGGAACCUCUAUACAACGGGCACGCUUGUCUAACUUGCAUAACUGUUAGAUACAAUGAAACCUCCACAUAAUGGGCACUCUUGCUUGUCUUAUUUACAGUUAGAUACAAUGGAACCCUCCAUAUAACAGACACCCUCGGGACAUCUGUAGAGAUAUUGAAAUCGAAAGUUUCAGAUAGAGUGGUUCACUCAUUGGAAGCUUGGUAAUGGAGGGGUUCCAUAGUAGCUACGGUACGACAGAAUUGUUGAUGGUGAUAAAAACUGGAUUUUUGUUGUAACUUUUGUCUACGACAUAAUAAUGGAGCAUUACAGCUCUCAUUUUUGUCCAUUUCUAGAAAGAUUUGAUGCUGAAUAAAUAUUAUCAGGAAAAUAAAUGGUUGUUUUCUUUA